AUGUCGAGUUCCUCUGACGUGAAGCUCUCCGGCACCUUCCUCUUGCUCAUCCUUGGAGCGCUCGCCAAUAUCUUCAACCUGGCGGCCACGGUGGUGCAGCAGCGGCGGUCCGGAGGGGUUAAAACCGUCGCUGUCCUCAUCUGCUUCAUCUCACUGGGCAACGUCUUGCUGCAGAUCUCAACCUUCACUCGGGUUGGCGUGCUCUGCUGGCCAGACUUGCAGUUCUUCUUCUGCGCCGUUUUGUUUGUCUGGCUCAGCAGCAGCUCCGUCAGCUUCUGGUCCAUCGCCGGGCUCAGCGUCCUCUACUGUAUGACGGUGGUGAGUUUCUCCUCAGCCGUCUUCAGAGCACUCCAGAGGAACAUCUCAGCCAUCCUGAACGUGGCCUUGAUGGUGAUGCUGUUGACCUCCUGCGUGAUGUUCGCCCCGUUCUUCUACCUUCAUUUCCAAAGAGAAACUCCAUCCAACUCGACUUGCGUCUUCAGGAAGCCUCUGUUCCUCGCCUGGGUUGACGUCCACGUUUACGUGAUGGUCUUUAUCUCCUACCUCACCCUGAUGCUUUUGGCGAUCAUGCUGUCAACUUCCCUGCGGCUGGCCGUGUUCCUCUGCAGACACACCUCAUCCAUGCAGAAGAAGAAGCAGCAACAGAGGAGCUCUAAUGCUGCAGAGUCCUACCUCCUGGUGUGCAGACUGACUGUCGCUCUGGUUUGGGUUUACUUCACCACGCCGCUCACCAUCUCCCUCUACUACUUCCACGCUAUCUUUGCUUCUGGGUUGAGCGCUGACAUGCUCUUCCUCGGUUUGUCUUUUUAUUGCGUGGCUUCUGCGUUGAUACUCACCUGCUCCAAUAAAAACCUGAGAGAGAAGCUUGGUGUGCUGCUCUGCAAGAGAAACACAAAGGCCAGGAAGGCUGGAGAUGAGCAGGAACUGACGGCAACAGUUUGA